AUGGACUUUCUGCAAAGGGAUGAUUACGAAGUAUCUUCUCCUCAAUUAGACGAAUUAGUCGAGCUUAGUCGCUGUCAUCCCGGUGUGCUUGGAGCGCGCAUGACUGGGGGAGGUUUCGGCGGAUCGAUCAUCGCAUUAGUCCGUUCUAAUGAGGCUUCCAGCUAUCGCGAUAUGAUACUAGUAAGGACGGAAGUGCCCUUUCCAAACUAA